CCGUUGAGGGCGUCCUAAUUGAAUUGCAGUCUUUGAACAUUUCAGGUGGUGUUUUGCAACUAAUUUCUCAUUUUCAUCGGCCAAAAUUGAAAGUAGAGAUGUCUGGCUAUGGGCAGUGUACAAAUCCAAGUCUCUGGAUGGGUGAUCUGGAGGGACACAUGGAUGAGAACUAUAUUCGAAAUGCAUUCCAGAUGAUGGGCCACACUGUCCGCUCCGUCAAAUUUCUCAUUGACAAGAAAACUUCGUUACCUGCCGCCUACUGCUUCGUGGAUUUUGGUGAGACAAAUCUGGCUAAGCAAGCUCAUGCAAUGUGUAAUGGACGCAGAAUCCCCAACGAUGCGAAUUACAAAAAAUUCAAACUCAACUUUGCAUUUGCCGGCGGCUACAAACCUGAUGGACAAACUCCAACGGUAGAUCACUAUGAGUUCUCCUUGCACGUGUCCAAUCUUUCCCCCGACGUCACCGACAUCCAGCUGUUUGAUUAUUUUGCCGGGCGCUUCAAAAGUGCCAAACAUGCAACAGUUGUCAAGGACGGCAGCUCGUCCAGAGGCUACGGCUUUGUCAGAUUCCACGUCGAGGCAGAUAUGCUGGAAGCUAUUAGACUGUUCAACGGAGCCGUCGGGCUGGGGCUGAAGCCGCUCCGCGUGGGCAGGGCGUUGCCCAAGGACGCGUCAAAGAGUUAUAUUGCAUCUGCCAACGCAGCCAAUGCAUCCGUUACGUACCCCCAGUACUAUAGCAGUCAGCAGCAACAGUAUUCCCAGCAGUAUGCGCAAAUGGCCGCCCAGUAUGGCUCUGGGUAUGGAGGCUACUACGAUCACUACAAGACCACAAACACGGAAACAAAAGCUAAGGAUGUGAAUGAAGCCGGCGAUGCGACAGCUGUUACUACUGCAGUCACUGAGGAAGAAGAUGAUGAUCCUCUGGAAGAUCCGGAGGUCACCGUGGACGUGGAGAAGUCCAACCGAAUGAUCCUGGAGAGAAGCGAGGAAUUCUACAAGGCCCUUGAGGAGUCUAGAUGGCAGUUUGUGGACAGCGUCACCAUGACGUAUGACGAUCUUUGCAAAGCAUGAACACUGAACCAUCUGCCCAUACAGAACUCUUAUCGGACUGCACUGAGCCUGCUGCUCUUAUACGGUCUUCACCUGAACUGAAGAGGGCGUUAUUUACCUUAGCAAUGCUGGCGAGCAAAGGCGGUUCAACAUUGAUGUUCAAAAAGUGCAUUUCAUUAAAUGUACCUUUCUGAAUUAGCGGGAACCGGGAACCAAAUCUUUGUUGCCCCCCCCCCCCAAAAAGACACCUUCUAUGAAAGGGAAUAUACAACAUUUGCUUUUGCUGUAAUUUUCAGAAAUGGAUGGACAUGGGGGGUUAGUAUUUUAUAGCAAAUAUUGUAACACGGACUUGGUUGAAGUUUUGAGUUCGUAGAUACUGGAAAAUCCAAGAAAAAAAUGAUCAUGUUCCGGUAGUCUGGUUCCUGGCCCCAAUUAAUUUGAAACGGCAGUUUAUAGACAUUUAAAGGUCAGGGAACCAGUCUAGCUGGCUUGAACCUGUUCAUGAGUGUGUAAUCGAUUGCAAACAAUAAUUAUGUGGACUAACUAGAUAUGGUAAACUGGGGGCAAUAAUUGAAAACAUCCAUUUUUUUUCCAAUCCUGGCCGGCCGACCAGCGUUGGAAAUUGAUACAACAAUACCACUUUUCUUGAAAAUGACAGCACACCAGGUGCCAUGAUUUUGCAGAUGCUUUAGACUGUCAUUCACUAACACAGUCCAGUAAGGUAUUUCACAGUAAAAUGAAAUUGCUCGAAAUCAUAUACACUUUCUCACUCGAUUUUUUGGACACGCUAGCCGUUACAAUUGCCAAGUACAAGUGGAAAUGUUUUCUCUGAACAAUUUACUGGUUUUAAUAGUUGACCAUGUUUUUGUACAAUAAAAUGUGAAAAAUUACAAAAAUGCUGUAAGCAGAUUAUUUAAUAAGUUACAACUUACAAAAUGGACAAAUGUCACAAUUUUACAAAUACGCAUACAAACAAAGAAAAAU